CGGGGCUAGCAUGCCGUGUGACGGCAUCACGCUGCGCCCCAUGCUUGGGCGGCCUGGGUCCAAGUGGUAGAAUCCGGAGGACUUGGAAGGCAGAGGCAAGUGGAUCUCUGUGAGUUCGAGGCCAGCCCAGUCUACAAAGCCAGGUCCAGAACAGCCAGAGCUACACAAAGAAACAAACAACAACACUUGGUGCUCAGAGACCCAUCAUGUCAAUAGUCCGUUCAUCCGUCCAUGCCAAAUGGGUCGUGGGGAAGGUGAUUGGUACAGCAAUGGUAAAAACUGCUAAAGUAAGGGCGACCAGGCUUGUUUUGGAUCCCUACUUACUAAAGUACUUCAACAAGAGGAAAACCUACUUUGCUCACGACGCCCUUCAGCAGUGCAGCGUCGGGGACAUCGUGCUCCUCAGAGCUCUGCCCGUUGCGCGAUCCAAGCACGUGAAACAUGAACUGGCCGAGAUCAUUUUCAAAGUCGGCCGAGUUAUCGACCCCAUCACAGGGAAGCCCUGUGCAGGAACCACCUACCUAGAGAGUCCACUUACAUCAGAACCCACUAACCUAAGCAAGACUCUGGAAGAACUCAAGAUCUCUUCCGCCUAGGGAAGAGGGAGCCAAAGGGAUUGCUGUCUGUAUGGCUCCUCCAGGCUUCCAUUACUAACCGUCCAGUUUCUCUUGUGACGGUAAUGAAGUAGUAAAAGUAAAUGAAACAAAGUA